ACCAGCCAGGGGCGAAGGUCUUGAAACCGCCCGCACCAAUGAACAACAAUAAAAUAAACGCGGAUACUAAAAAUUCUGUUUCUGUGGAGGACAACUUCUUCAAACUCCUGGGGCUGCCGACCUCGACCAACGACCACUCUUUAAACCAUUUAGCCACCAACAAGCAAAAGAAAACCGAGCAGGAUAAUUCCGCAGAAUCGAAAAAACUGAAGAUCGAGGUGAUGAAGAAGCUGCUGACACUGGAGCCGUUCUUGAACAAAAGCAAGAUCAUGCAGACGCUGAUCUCCAACGGAAAUCAGAGGCAGGCUUUGCUCCACAGUCGCUACACGUCAGAAGAUCCGUUGCCUCUGUUGCUGCUGGAAGAGAACGUGGAGUGUCACAAGCAAGAAGUUUCCAUCAACAAAACCUUAAGUAGUGCCGAUAGUACAACAACUACCCUGGCGCAGUUGAACAUGGACAACAAGAAGGACGGGGGUAAUGUUGGUGGGACUGCUGGAGCAGCAGGGGGGUCUUUGUUCAACAAUGCGGCAGCAACUGGUUCAUCGUCCACUUCCAACCCGAGCCAGUUCGUCGGCAGCAAGCCCAUCCCGGUCGUCCCCGUCGCGAAUGCCUUCGCGGUUUUGAAAAUUGAACUAGAAGACCACCUCCAGUUGUUGCAGAAGAUCGUGAAGAUUCACCAGGACGAAAACCUUCUCGAGAAGCCGCCAGCGGCGAUCAAAGAGUCGAGAUUCGACACAACAAGAGGGCCGCCGGCAAAGAAGCAGAAGCUGCUCAGUGAGAAGGCGGACGAGAUCGUGAAGAUUGUCAACGCCUCGCAGCAGAAGAGGGAUAAUAAGACUGGCGGAACAAGUGGAACUACAGGCAGCGGUACUACAUCAACUGCCGAUUUGUCUUUACCGUUCUUGAGCCGGGUGAAUUCUAUCAAAGUACCCGAAAAUAAAGAGUCAGAGAACGACGAAAUAGACGACCUCCUGGAGGAAGCGAAGUGCGUGGACGCGUACGAAAUUGUGAAACGGGCAAUGUGCGAGGCGUGGGUGCAAGCCCUGAAGGCGGAGCAGGAUAAAAAUCCCUCGGUCGGGGUUUUGACCGCGUUCAUAUCAAAAUGAAAAAUGCCUCCUCGUCCCCAUAUCAAAAUGGAAAUUUGUGAUGCUGAUUUGUGACCACAAAUCCUCUUUGUCUUGCCUAUAGGGUAAUAGGAGCCAUGUGGCGCACUCCAGAGCCAGUCUGUCAUGCGCCUUUGCCUGCUGCAAAACUGUUUGCCAUGCGUAACUGCUAGCCUUCCGCAUACCCUAACAGGCUCAGAAAAUGUCGCCAAGCACUUUCUGCAAGAGAAAUCUGAUUUGUGUACAGAAAUCCAGCAUCAGAGACCUCAUUUGGAUAUGGGGGGGGGGAUUUUUCCUCACAAUAGUUAAGUCGAGAGAAAAACAGCUUAUCCGCGUUUUCCUGGGAGAAGAUUUUACUUGGCGAUAACGCAGCUCCUGCUGCACAAUCAGCAGGCGCUGGAGGGGAAAAUGUGAAUACUGCAACUGGCGACCGACAAGGAAAGCCUGAGGUAGAAGUUCUCUCCCAAAGGCGAAGGCCGCGGAAGCAGGCGGUGCGACUGGUCAACACUUUCCUGCUCCACUCUGCGUCGGAGGCAAAAUUCCUGGCGGGACAGUACCACAACAUCUUUCAACAGGCAAAUUACGUGCAGAUCAUCUGCAUCAACCGUGUAUCCGCAACGGUGGUGUGUCCCUGGAAAACACUGCUCGCUCUGCAGUUCUACUGCAUUCAGGGGAACCCGAUCAAAUACUUAGAAUCGGUGAAGGAAAGAAGCUGUGAGAAAAAGAAGCUUGUUUUGACGGCUUCGCAGUUGCCGAGAAUAGAAGAAGUGGCCGCGGAGAACAAGUCCAAAGACCGAAAGGAAAGCACGGGCACGGUGGAGGAAGAAGACGAAUUUAUAUCUUCCAAGAAGAAGCCGCCAAGCACUGCUGCUGAUAUGCAAUACAAAUUUCGAUUUCCCCGUACUAGUACAUCACGCACAGAAGUAAAGAGAAACAUAAAAGCGCAUCACAAAUUUCACGAACUUAGAGCAUCAGCAUCCCACUUAAGUAAGUACUUAUCAUGCUGAAUCAAUAAGAAAGAUCUAGAUCAUUGAAAGAUAAGAAAGCUGCUCUUUUGUCAUGCUGCAGAAACCGCACUUAUUCGCCGUACUCGUCGUGUACGGGAAAUUUCCUGUGAAUAGCUGACCAAGCCCAGCAACAGCCUGGGAGUUCAUCUGCCCUGGGUAUGAUCGCCCGACCGCACGGUGGUCCUGCGCCGCCGGUUGCCGGGACACCGAUGCACCACAUCGCACAGCCUACGCCGAUGCACGGACAACUACAUCCAGGAUUGGUUCAACAUCCUGGUGUCGCAGGACAACCACCUCCACCUCCUGGUGCAAUGAUGAUGGCACCACCUCCUUUGGUUCCACAAUAUUACAACCCGCAGAUGACUCAUGCACACGGAACGAUGCUGCCGGUUGGAUAUCAUCCGAUGCACCCGCCGCCCCCCUACGGGGCGCCAGUUCCCUAUGGUGUGCAGCCAGCUCUUGUUGCCACUUCAGCGAUGAAUCCAUACGCAGCUCCUGCUGUGGGUCAACAUCCAGGAGCUGCCCCUCCUCCAGUGGUGAUGCAGCCUCCACCAGUGCCAGUACAACAGCCUCCGCCGCAACCCUUCGUCACAAUCGCUUAUGGUCCGGGCCAAUACGUUCCACCGAACAAUGCGCAGCUGCAACAAGCGCAGCUGCAACAAGCUACAACAACCGGCGGUCUUGCUGCCCAAGUAGACGGCCAAGUCUCGUCGUCGUUACCCGAACAAGAGGCACAUCAACAUCACCACGCCGCCGCACAGAACGCGAACAGCCGGAAUUUGCCGCCAAGGGACUUUUAUCCAGUGCAAAAGUAUCGUACUCGUAUAAAUGCAAGUCUUGCAUCACAAAUCUUGUUCCCAAGGCAAAUCAGCAUUACAAAUUUUAUUUCUCAUGCUGAGGAAAUUUGUAAUGCAUUUAUACGAGUACGAUGCUUUUGCAGUUCAUAACUUUUUUGGCAACUUUGAGAAGUGCAUUGUGGACAAGCACGCGAGGGGUUUUCUGAAGAUAUCAAAUGUAAAAAUGUCUGGGUCUGGAAGAUUGCAACUUGUCAUGCUAAAUCUGCAGCAUGCAAAAAUCUGCGUUGCAUGAUUACCAAAAGUCGUCCAGUUUUGACCAAGUCGGGAGGUAGUUUCUCAUGCAGGAUAGGCAUUAGAAAGGUCUCGUAGAAUCUGUCAUGCUAGGUCCUGCAUUCCAGACCUCAUGGGUCACAGAAAAGCAGCAUGACAAGUCGCGCACUCUUCCAGACCGAGACAUUUUUACAAUCCAUAGAAGACGAGGAUAAACAACUUCAUGCAGAAGGUGCGGACCAUUGGCAAGAUGAUGGACGUGGACGCAAGCCGGAAAAAGUUGCUCGCAGAGCAGGACACGAUUUGUCAGUCCUUGGCCAACCAGUACCUGUGGGCGGAAAGGGAGAUCCAGCGGCUGCCGGCGAACGGGGACCAAAUAAAGCUCCCGCUCGGAAAGAUCUUGUCUAUCAACUGUAAAAAUGUCUGGGUCUGGAAAAGUGCAACUUGUCAUGCUAAAUCUGAAACUGAAUCAUACAAAAAUCUGCGUUGCAUGAUUACCAAUUAGGCUGUUCACUUUUGAGAAGGCCGAGAGGCAGUUUCUCAUGCGGAAAAGGCAUGGUAAAGAUCUCACAGAAUCUGUGAUGCUACGGCAUGCAUCACAGACCUCACACGUCAUGCAAAACCUGCGUCACAAGUCUGGCACUCUUCCAGACCCAGACAUUUUUGCAAUCCAUAUUGUCCCAAAAUCUGCAAAAGGAACUCCACUUUUACAUCCACGCGCUCCACGAAUGCCGAAAGUGGGCUCCACGGUAUGAAAAGGAAAAAUCCCCCCUCCCCAUAUCAAAAAGGAAAUCUGUGAUGCUGGAUUUGCGUACACAAAUCAGAUUUGUAUUGCAGGAGGGCGUUCUUGCGGCCAGAUCCCCAGGCUAGGUAGGGGCGUAUGGGUCUAGUUGUUCAGCAUUGCAAACGGCUGACCUUUAGGCCCAACAGCAUGGCAAAUCGCUUCCAUAAUGGGGCGGAAGCUUCUGCCCUUGUCUUCUUGCAAGACAAAUGUGAUCUCUGACCUCAAAUCAGCAACGCAAAUUUUCGAAAAGAUACGUUUUCGAUAUGGGGAGGGGGGAUUUUUCCUCUCAAUAAACGGGGAACGGUGUUUCCGCCCCCACCGCCGCUCCCGUUGAUUUUGGCGAACCACAAGCCGGUCGGGGAGCAUCCGCCCGGAUUUCAAAACGCGUCGAACAUUGUGUUGGUACAGUCAGGACGAGCACCUGGUGCUCCUGCAGGGGAGGUGGGAGGUGCAGCUCCCGGUACUACAGGCGCGGCUGCUGCAACAGCGGGAGGUGGUACUGCUGCUCCAGCAUCUUCAUCUUCUUCUUCCCAGCACUUCACGCCAGCCGUGCUUCCCCCGCCGGGCCACGCGCCAAUGAGGCCCCCUCCGUCAAGUUCCGCUCGUGCUUGGACCGCGCCGCAACAGCCCCCAGCCGUUGCUCCAGAGCAGCAGUUGCCGUACCCUUUUCUCCCCGCGAGUGAUCCGGCCAACCAGAUAAUUAUCGACGACCCAGCAGGAGGUGGUGGUGGUGCAGGAGGAGCUCCAGCAGGUGCACCACCUCUUGUACUCCCUAUACCAUCGGUCGCGGCACAAGUUGCUGCACCAGUCCCAGCUGCCGUCAACACAAAUGCAACUGCGAAUGGAGCAGGUACUACUCAGCAGGUCAAAUCGCUCAAGAACCAGAUGAAGGCGAAGAGUGGGUUUCGCGGGACAGACAAUCCGAACAACAUUCCACUAGACAAGAGUAUUUCCAUCGAGGAGAACAUCGCGCAGCGGGAUCUGAAAAACGGAAUUAUUCAGAGCAAGGGAGACGAAAAGACCGUCGCAGGAGCAGGAGCCAGCACGGGAGCUGCCGCAGCCCAAUCUGCGUCGCAGUCGAAACAAACGACUACAGCCGCGGCCUCUAGUAGUGGCGCAGCAGCUGUAGCAGCAGCUUCCUCUAGUACAACGACCGCUGCUCCCGUCCCUCAGCAACAGCUAAAACUCUCCUCCAACAUGCAGAAGCAGCUAAAGGAAAACGCGAAGAGUCUGAUUUUCGUUCCCAAAGAGGCGCAGGCGAGGAAGAAGAAAACCGUGGAUUGCCACUGUUUCGAGGUUAUCAAAUGCAAAAAUGUUCUCAUGUCUGGUUCUGGAAGAAUGCGAGACUUGUAUUGCUGAACUCGUAUGCCCCUAGACUCUGUGAUGCAUGUUAUGGAAUAGCGCCAACCCUCUGUCAUGCAAAAACGCGAUUUCUCAUGCGGGUUACGCACAACAUAACCGCUCAGACAUUUCUGAUGCGUAGCUGCGUAUUGGAGUCAGUUUGCGACGCAUGUGUUAGCAUCACAAAUUUCCAGACUUGUUAUCAGACAUAUUUGCAUUUGAUAGAGGUCCAGCUGGAAAAUCAAAGACGGAAAUUCGUGGUUUUGGAUCAAGACCUCGCCAACAUGAUCCUCCAGGUCCGCCAACCGUUGAAGGCGUUUCUUUCCAUGACCAUGGGGGCCGCCCCGGAGCAGAUGAUGUCCUCCGCUGUGGUGCGGCAAAUUUACGCGCGGUUGCAGCACAUUUUCCUCCUUUCCUACGCCAGUUACGACCCGCCGGAAUUCUCGACACAACUUUGCAAGGAUCUCGUGCACGAAACGCAGGAGAAGAGGGGGAUAGUUUCUACUUCAUCUACUUCCGGGGGCCAACAGGAGUUGGACUUCCUGGAUCACUGGGGGCAGGUUCCGUUGUUAAACGAAACGGAGGAAGACCGGGCGUAUUACGAGAAGAAAAGAGGUGAGUACCACUUGAAGACCGAGGAAACGGUGGAUAUGUUGUACCCGAAAAUACGAAGUUGUGUCGCGGAAAACAGUGGUUUGAAGACCGCAGAUGGUGACAUGAUCAAAAGUGGCGAACAAGCGACUAGUUCUGCGAAGCAGGCGGAUGAGAAGAUGAAGGACAACACCAACAUCAAAGACCCCGAUGAAGACCUUCAUCUCGACCUGUACUUCCCAGAAACGGAGGACUCCGACGCGAUCGAGAGCAAAAAGAAGCAGCAGCUGAAGCAAAUCCGGAAGAAGCGGAAAAUAUCCUGUGCAAAAGUAUCGCACUCGUAUUGCAAUCAUGCAUAUACAAAUGUUUUUCUCAGAGUAAAUCCGCAUUGCAAAUUUUAUUGCUCAUGCUGAGGGAAUUUGUCUUGCAUUUAUACGAGUGCGAUACUUUUGCAGUUCAUAGAAAAAACUUCUGAACAAGGAUUUUUUCGGCACCAAUACUGGAAAUGAGGAACCACAUCAACAAGGGGACACGGUAUUAUACGGGGCGCCUGCGGCAGGUGCUACUGAAGGAACAAACAGAGAGAAAAAGGACAAAAAGGAGAAAAAAAAGAGCAAAAAAGAGACACUCGUCGACUCCAUCGACGCGGUUAAAAACAACGAAAACCCAUACGAGCAACAGACUAAAGCAAAACCAUCUCUGCAACUACACACGGCCCCCUCGCUCUUCGCGCAUCACCCCGGGGCGCCCACGGCUUUGUGGCAUCAGUCGUUGUUGAGUGAUCCACACCGACCGGCGGUCGUGCCUCACUCGACCUCAUCACUGGAUCCGGCUGCGGUGUAUAACUACGGAACUACUGCUGGCACUGCUCCGGGCGCCGGUCCGGGCUCUUUAUUCCGACCGGUAAGUGGCGUUCUACCUGUGCCUGCACCGAAUGUUCUUGCACCACCAGCAUCCGGGGGUGGUGCUGCCUCUUCAACGUCGAAAACGAAAUGGAAAUACACUGGAACCGACGCGGUGCAACGGAAAGCGCCGGAGAUUUUCCCCAGCGCGGAGGAGCUCCAGGGAAUUACGUCACCGCACAGGACGGAAAUGAACCCCUUUGCUUUCUGAGCAGCGGGAUGAGAAUCGGUGAUGUGGGCAAGGCUUCGAGUGAAGAUGCAAGGGUAGUGCGAAGAUGUAGAUGAUCCGAAUGAAAGAUAAGUUGAAAAAAAAAUGAAAAACACAAAAAAUUAUGCCAUUACUCUACUUAUUUUCUAUGCGCAUGACGACACACCGAUACCUCGAGUGGGGGCCCUCGCUCUAGGGGGUCCAGUCUAAUCGACAGUUGUUUCGAGCUUUUCGGCUUCACGAGAAGAAUGAAAUUUCCGUGAGAUCGCGAGGACGUAACACGGCGACGCCUGCUAAUGGUACUGGCUGAGCUUGAGAUUGAGUAGUUCGUUCUGAAGGUAGCAAGAACACGCAAAACCAAAAACGAUGUCAAUUUUAAGGCGUGUAUCUGCCUGUCAGUACUACACGUUCGCGCCGGUGGUCUUUGCGAAUCUAUGACGCUACAAAGAAGGAGUUUGUUGAUGAAAAUUAAAGUCGACAUUGUACAACUACAGAU